UCUCCAAUACCCAUCUUAUAUCCAGUCCUUGACCUCUCGCUGCUGCGCUUCUCCGGGCGGACCCCUACUGUAGUAAGUUGACCCUUACUUUCGACAUAUAUAGGCCCACUCUUACCUCACGCCACCAUGAUACCCGACUACUGCAUCGUACGGGCCUUUCCCGGACCCAUGGGAGCCAUCUGUCGGUCAUACUACAAUAUCUUUUUAAACCGUUGAUCCCCUUGCUUCCGGGUCAAAAAACAAUCUGGCGACUCCCCAUUUACUGUGAAUAACACGCCUAAAGAUGAGGCUGGACAUUUUAUCUCGCUUUAUGGGUGGAAGGGAUAUUGAGCCAACGGCACCCUUGCCUGAUGCGGUCGAUUGUGAGGCUGCCUCUCCCUCGGAGAAGACGGUGAAGGUUCUUACUCCUACGCAAGAAGGCGAGCCGAGUUCUGACGAUGAGGUGCCAUCCGAGAUCGCUGCUGGGGGUGUUAAGAAAGUUGAGGCCGUUGUGCUUGUAUGGACCAAGAAGGAGUUAUUCGCCGCAUAUUCAUGUAUAUUCCUCGUGUUUUUCGUGAACUCACUCCAGCUGCAGAUAACCAGUAAUCUAUUGCCUUAUGUCAUGUCCGACUUCUCCUCGCAUUCAUUAAUUCCUGUCACGGGAGUCGUGUCACAAAUUCUCGGCGGCGUUCUCAAGCUUCCCAUCGCUCAGCUUAUCAACAUCUGGGGCCGCCCGCAGGGCCUCAUUAUCAUGACCACUCUCUGCACCAUAGGCCUAAUCUUGAUGGCCGUUUGCAACAACGUCCAAACAUACGCUGCCGCACAGUGCUUCUACUGGGUCGGUUAUAAUGGCAUAGGCUUCGUCCUUGACGUCUUCAUUGCCGAUACCUCCAACCUCCGCAACAGAGCACUCGCUUUCGCAUUUGCCAGCACUCCCUAUAUAGUUACCACGUGGGCCGGUCCAAAGGCUGCCAAAUCGUUCUACGAAAAUAGUAGCUGGAGGUGGGCCUUCGGUUGUUUCUCGAUUGCCACCCCCAUCGUCGUCCUCCCCAUGCUCUAUAUCCUCUUCUCCAAUCAGAGAAAGGCAGCUCGGCUCGGUCUUAUUCAGAAGAGGGACAGCGCGCGCACUCUGAGAGAGUCAUUUUGGUACUACUUCAUCGAAUUCGAUGUCGUCGGCAUCCUCCUCAGCUCUGCUGGCUUCGCGCUCUUCCUACUGCCAUUCUCCCUCGCCGGCUCCCAAACAGACAAAUGGGCCGCCGCGUCCACAAUAACAAUGCUCGUCCUUGGCGUGGCUCUCCUCGUCGCCUUCGGCUUAUACGAGAAAUACCUCUCCCCCCGCUCCUUCAUCCCAUUCCACCUCGUCACCGACCGCACUGUUAUCGGUGCCUGCGGUCUCUCCGCUGUAUCCUUUGCUUCAUUUUACCUCUGGGAUAACUACUACAUCUCGUACCUGCAGGUCGUGCACAGGUUGAGUAUCACCAGCGCCGGUUACGUCUUUAAUAUAUUCUCUAUCGGUUGCUCGUUCUGGGCGGUCGUUGUCGCCGCCGCCAUCCACUACACGGGACGUAUCAAACCCCUCGCGCUCUACUUCGGCGCGCCCCUCAACCUUCUUGGCGUCGGCCUCAUAAUCCAUUUCCGCCAGCCGGCCCACAACAUCGGAUACGUUGUUAUGUGCCAGAUCUUCAUCGCCUUCGCCGGUGGUACCCUCGUCAUCUGCGAGCAGAUGGCUGCCAUGGCCGCCGUAAAGCACACGGACGUUGCGGUUAUCCUAGCCGUGCUCGGGCUAUCCGCAGCAGUCGGUGGUGCCAUCGGGUCAUCGAUGGCGGGUGCAAUAUGGACGAAUACGCUGCCCGACGCGCUGGUGGCGGCGCUUCCGGAGGCCGAGAAGGGCCGUGCGGGGGAGAUAUAUGGAAGCUUGAAGGAGCAGCUGGAGUUUGAGUGGGGGAGCGAGGCAAGGAUGGCAGUCGUUCGGGCCUAUGGUGUUGCGCAGAAGCGGAUGACGAUUGCGUCGACGUCGCUGGUCGUGCUGAUGUUUGUGUGUAUUAUUGUAUGGAAGGAUUAUAGGGUCAAGGAUAUGAAGAAAUCGAAGGGGAUGUUGUUUUAAGUGUUGUCGAGGUAUGUUCCUGACAGGAACAUACCGAUACUACCCAGGUAGUAUCUGGGUCCUCGCCAGGUAAGGUAAGUAUCUGAGCGACUUUGCUCAGGUAAGGUAG